UUGGGCAUUCCUUUCUAUUGAUUACCAAUCACCCUCACAAUACACAAACACAUACACACAUUGUAGGAAAGCUUUUGGACUUAAACCUGCACGAGUAUGGCAUCCGCUUGUGCAUCUUCUGCAAUUGCAGCUGUCUCCAUUUCUUCUCCCAGCUCCCAGAAGAGCGUGGCUAGUUUGGGAGCAACCAAGGGUUCAUUCCUUGGUGGAAGCAAGAAAUUGAGAGUGAGAAACUACACAGCGCCGAUCAGAUCAUCAAGAUCUUUCUCUACAGUUUGCGCUGCUGCUGACCCCAACAGACCCCUUUGGUUCCCAGGCAGCACCCCUCCUGACUGGCUCGAUGGCAGCCUUCCAGGAGACUUUGGUUUUGAUCCUCUUGGCCUUGGAUCUGACCCUGAGACCUUGAGAUGGAACGUGCAAUCCGAGAUUGUGCACUGCCGAUGGGCCAUGUUGGGUGCUGCGGGGAUCUUCAUUCCUGAAUUUUUGACAAAGAUUGGCAUCCUAAACACCCCAUCAUGGUACAGUGCCGGGGAACAAGAAUACUUCACAGACACAACUACCCUGUUCAUAGUUGAGAUGAUCUUCAUUGGUUGGGCCGAGGGCAGACGUUGGGCCGAUAUUCUCAAGCCCGGCAGUGUCAACACUGACCCAAUCUUCCCCAACAACAAGCUCACCGGCACAGAUGUGGGCUACCCUGGUGGGCUUUGGUUUGAUCCUCUUGGGUGGGGAAGUGGUUCCCCUGAGAAGAUCAAGGAGUUGAGAACAAAGGAGAUCAAGAAUGGGAGGUUGGCUAUGUUGGCUGUGAUCGGUGCUUGGUUCCAACACAUUUACACUGGAACUGGCCCAAUUGACAACCUCUUUGCUCACCUUGCCGAUCCCGGUCACGCCACCGUUUUUGCGGCAUUCACCCCCAAGUGAGGAAGCUAGGAAGAAUGCUAGCAUUAGCGCUGCCGCGAUGGAAACGUGUUAAUUUUAUGAGGAAAUGGGGCUUAAGAUCAUAUGGAGAUGCGUUUUUCAGUACUUGUUCUAAUGGAAAAUUUCUCUUGUUAGAACUUGUUACGCCUCGUAUAUUUUGUGCUAUAGAAUCUUGCAAUGUACAAAUAGUUCCUUGAAACUUUAAGACUUCCAUGAACAUAAGUUGAUCUGGAUUUCCAUUAAUUCAGUUAUUUAUUAUUAUUA